AUGAUGGGGUCAGAGGUGCGUGUUUCUGGUGACGCAAAUGCACGGAGACGUCAUGUGUCCUUCGGCGAUGUGACCAACAUAGAAGUGUCUAGUGGAGCUACUCUCAAGGGCACCAGGAACCCCGCUGACGCCAGUCUUGUCCCCAGCACCGCCGCCGCGUCGCGCCAGGGCGCGAGCGUUGUGGCUGCAUUCAGGAAGACGUCAACACCCGCGGUGGCACCGCUGCGAGGCACAACACCGCCGCCGAGGCACGAGGGCACAGCGGGCGCUGGCUGUCAUACGCCACCGGGUCGCGGCGGCGGGGGGGGCGGGGGGGG